AUGUCUGCGGCGUUGUCAAUUAUCACUGGUCCAGACGGCCAUACAUCCCGCGCUAGCCAACUUCCUUGCGAUGAGGAGAAGCAGCGCACGAGCUCGAACUCGCCUGCAAUGCCGCAGGGCGCGGGAGAAAAGUCAUCGAGAGACCCUUACGAAGUCGUCCUAGAGAAGGAAGACGACCCUCUGGAACUCUCAUUAGCUCGGCGAUGGGCGGCCGUCGUGACGAUUUGUGCGGCAGGUACUUGCGUUACUUGCGCUUCUUCAGCGGCUGCUGCUGCGGAAAGCCAGUUGCAGGAAGAAUUCGGAGUACCGAAGGAGGUGGCUAUCUUGGGGAUAUCACUUUUCGUCGCAGGACUUGCCUUUGGCCCUCUGAUAGCCAGUCCCGUAUCAGAGAUGUGGGGGCGUAACAUCGUCUAUAGGACAUCCUUCAUCGCCUUCUUCAUCUUCAACUUUGCCGUGGCUUUUGCACCAAACAUCGCUGUGUAUCUCGUCUUCCGCUUUCUCACCGGCUGGUGCGGGGCGGCAUUUCUGAGUGUUGCCGGCGGUAGUGUCAGCGACCUAUUUCCGAAAGAUAAAGUUGCGACCCCAGUCGCUGUAUACACUCUGUCUCCAUUCAUGGGGCCAGAGCUUGGGCCUCUAUACAGCGGCUUCGUCAAUCAAAACACUUCCUGGCGUUGGACGUUCUACGUCAUAAUCAUCUGGUCUUUCCUGCAGAUCAUCGCGCUGUACUUGUUUGUACCCGAGACCUACGCACCGACCAUCGUGGCGUGGAAAGCAUAUCGUCUUCGGAAAACUAAGAAAGACAACCGCUACUUCGCGAAAGCAGAACGACACGACAAGAGCUUUGUUCAAGCGUUGAUCAUCAGUUGCUACAAACCAUUCCAACUCGUCUUCUACGAACGCAUGGCAUUUCUGAUCAACCUCUGGAACUCGUUGAUCCUGGGCAUCAUAUACUUGACAUUCCAAGCGUUUCCGGUAAUCUUUGGAGACAUCCACGGCUUUGCACCGGAGUUCGUAGGCAUCUGCUUCCUUGGAAUUGCGCUGGGAAUGGUCUUAGCGCUUGCAUCUCAACCUUAUUGGAACGGCCGUGCUCGUCGUUAUCGUAAAGAACAUGGAGAUCCUCCGCCAGAAUUCUCGCUGGUCAUGGGUCAAGUCGGAGGCGUGCUUGUUGCUGUCGGUCUAUAUGUGAUGGCGUUCACUACAUACAAGUCUGUCAGCCCAGCGGGUCCUAUCAUCGGCAGUAUACCGUUCGGUGCCGGCGCUUUCUUCGUGUUCACGAGCUCGUUCACAUACCUCGUCUCCACCUAUCGACCCAUAGCUGCCAGUGCCAUGGCGAGCAACACGGCGAUGCGUUGCUGCUUUGCAGCCGGCUUUCCCCUUUUCGCAGGUCCAAUGUACGACACCCUCGGGACCGUAGGUGCCACGGCACUACUUGCUGGGCUCACAACGCUUAUGGCUCCGUUACCCUUUGUCUUUUACAAGUAUGGCGCUCGGUUGAGGGAAAGGUCUCGAUUCGCUGUCGCUUGA